CUUGCCCUGUUUAUGUUCUGCCUACAGAUUAGGUGGAGUCCUUCCUAAACAUGCAGUUCCCCACUCAGAUGGAAGACUUGUUUUUGAGCGACCCCUUAACAUCUCAGACAUGGGCACCUAUCAGUGCUUGGUAAACAACACUGAGGGCAAAUACGAGGCGAAGGUGGAGAUUACCUUAAAAGAGCAUAGAGAGGAAAUACAUGAGAACAAGAUGAUGUACAUCGUUGGGGGUGCGGCUGGUGGGCUGCUGAUUGUCAUGCUCAUCCUUGUCAUCGUCCUCACAUGUCACCACAAGCAAAAGAACAAGAAACUGAAAAGGGAGCUGACAAAGAAAAGGGAAGAAAUAUCUAAUCUGUCCAGACAAGCUUCAUUCAGGAGGGUGAACUCUGUCAGCACUGAUGCAAGAGAGCAGAUUGAGGAGAGCCUCCCUCUGAGAGUGGAGUCAACCCUGAGGAACAGCCUGUCUUCCCUCGGGGAGCAAGCCCGUUGCCGCGACAGCAGAUCGACCAUCUCAGGUGUGCGUGUAGGAGGGGGCUCUGCUUACGACUCUCUUGGAAGACCGUCUAUCUACAACAACUCAAGGAGGGGAAGGGACAGGGCUAUGGUUAGGGACGAUGAAACUCAGCUUAGAAUAGAGCAAUUUGUGAGAAACAGCAACAUGUCCUUGCAGGAGACCCGUUUGCUUCCCCCUCUCAUCCAAGGAAACUACCCCACAAUACGCUCAACCGAGGUCAUAAGAAAGAUGAACGGCAGCGCUAUCAUCCCAGCAAAUGGGGGUUCACACACAGGAAGCACCAUCAAGAGCUACCAGCCCCCUCCGACGAGCAGCACCUACCCACAAGGAACAUAUGAUGAGGAUGAGAUUGAUGAAGGGCUAGGUGGCCCCAUUAAUCAGGAGCAUCCUGAUGAUCAGGACAGUGUGGCCUCCAGCUCCAAUUUCUCCAAAAACAGGAUGAGCCCUCCGGCUCUCAGUCACAACCCCCACACUUCCUACGUCCACAAGGCCCAGAUCGUUUAGCAGGAAGCAGCAGGACCCCAUGUGAAACCACAGAAGUAGGAAGCUGUGCUUUUGACAUUUCCCAGUCACCAAGAUUAGCAUCAUUUCUGUUCUCCUCAGGGUGGAAACAGACUUCUCUUAAGAAGGAAGUCCGGAAGGAUUCCUGACUUCUGCACGCAUUUUGGAGAUCAGUCAUUACAGACAAAAUAUGAUGUUACAACAUUUCCAACUGUUGCAGUUGCAGCAGCUUUUGCAAUGCCCUGUUGUUUUAAGAGGCUUCAGAUGCCAGCACAGCUCAGAAACAUUGUGCAGAUACACCUGGAGCUUUUCAUACCAGUGGAAAGCAGGAAAUGCGGGAGGAGUAACAAAAAAAGAAAAAGAGCUGUGGGAAAGUAUGUUAAUCAGAGGAGUGGAUUGCAACAGGUGGUGUUCGGUGGAAGAGUAACUGUGCGUAUGAUGAGUUUGCAUACACGCACUUCUUUGGACCUGAUCCAGAACUUGUGCGUCUCUGGCCACGCCUCAAACACCGAUAUCUCUGUAUACCUUCACUUCAGUCAUCCAGACGAGGAAGUAUGUCUCUGCAUUGAUCUUUCUGCACAUAUGGACUGUUUGGUGUCCAUGAGACUUUCUUUUACUGAAACGGCAGUUAAAAUGUUUUCAUAUCAUUAUUCAGUUCAGAUGCUUCCACAAGAUCGUAUGUGUACUUUAUUUUUUUUUUUUUUUACAAAGUUACAAUCUCCCCGUGUUAUUUUUUUUACUUAAGGAUACUGUGAAUAGAAAUUAGUCCACCCAACUUCUACAUGUCUUUUGUGGACUUUGACGUUGUAUACAGUUGUGCUUGAAAGUUUCCAUACCCAUCCAUUAAAGACAAAAAAUAUAUAUUGAUAGUGAUUUUGAAUAUAUAUAUA